AUGCACCUUGACUCAACUGACUCCAGUGAUUUGGAACAGCUCCAGGCCUUUGUGUCACAGGCUUCUCGUCUGUUUGUGGUAAGCGGCGCCAGACUCUCCACUGAAUCUGGAAUUCCAGACUAUAUAGUGUGCACUCAGACUUUUGUGUGCAGUGCGAAAUUGAGGCAACGAUACUGGGCACUGAACUACUUGGGGUGGCCACAGUUCUCAUCACGGCAGGCAAAUUCAGCGCAUUUCACAUUACGAGACUGGGAGGAAGGAAAAGUGCACUGGCUUGUCACUCAGCAUGUAGAUGCAUUACACUCAAAAGCUGGACAACAGAGACUAACUGAACUUCAUGGAUCUACACACAGGGUUGUGUGUUUGGACUGCGGGCAACUGACUCCACAUGCCGAGCUGCAGGGGUGUUUUGCAGCUCUUAACCCUGGCUGUGCAGCAGGUGCUGUGACCUCAGAUGGAGAUGUGUUUCUGGAAGAUGAGUAGGUGCUGAACUUCACAGUAUCUGCAUGUGAUGCCUGUGGUGGUGUACUCAAACUUGAGGUGACGUUCUUUGGUGAUGUAGUGAACCGGACAACAGUUAACUUUGUGCAUAACAAGCUGGCUGAGUCUGAUGCUGUGCUUGUGGCUGGAUCCUCUCUUCAGUAUAUUCCCAUUCAUGCUUACAUGAGCAUGAAAUUCUCCACCAAUGACUUCCUGUUCCACAUGAUUAUGAAUAUGAGGAACACGAAGGCCAAAUUCCCUUAG